AUGGAAUUAAUAAGUGAUGUAAAAUUAAAAACUUCGGUACCGUUUUGGUGUUCGACCCGUGUUGCUAUUGCAUUUAUGGUUUUUCUUGGAAUGGUAGUGCAUUUUUCACAAAAGACUAAUGUUAGUAUUGGUCUCGUUUGUAUGGUUAAUCAUUCAGCAGUUGAAUAUAAUCAUAUAAAUUUCACAAAAACGCAACCUAUAUCAACAGAUGAUAAAUGUCCUCAAAUGAAAAGCAACAAUCAUAGUGAUGGUUCACUUGUUUGGUCUAAAAAUACUCAAGGUCUCAUUUUAGGUUCUUAUUUUUGGGGUUAUAUUCUAACACAAAUACCAUCUGGAUAUUUAGCUGGUCGAUUUGGUGCUAGAUUUAUAUUCGGUGGAGCUAUAUUUGUAUCAAGUUUUGCUACUAUGUUCAUACCAAUUAGUGCUAAUACAAAUUGGAUUGUUUUUUCCAUGCUACAAGUCAUUAUUGGACUUGCACAUGGAACUAUCUGGCCAUGUUUAACUGUUAUUUUGGCACAUUGGGCACCAAAAGAAGAAUGUGGAAAAUUAAUGAGUUUUAUGAAUGCUGGUAGUCAAGUUGGUAAUGUUUUGAUUUUGUCAAUUGGUGGAUUGAUGUGUUCAUGGAAUUUUGCUGGUGGUUGGCCAUUAAUUUUUUAUUCAACAGGUCUUAUUGGUUUUAUUUGGAGUAUUACAUGGUUAUUCUUUUAUACGAAUUCACCACGAAAUCAUCGUUAUAUUAGUUUACAAGAAAAAGAAUUUGUUCUUGAGCAUACUCAACAAAAACUAUCUAAUAGUAAUAAUAAACAUAGUUUUCAUGCUCCUUUUCGAGCGAUUCUUAUGUCACCAGCUUGUUGGGCAUUAUUUAUUAUUCAUACAUGUUGUAAUUAUGGUACUUAUACAUUCCUUACUUGUAUUCCUAAAUAUAUGAGUGAAGUUUUAAAAUUUGAUAUAAAAUCAAAUGGAUUUCUUUCAGCUCUACCUUAUAUUGUUCUAUGGUUGAAUACUCUAUUCUCCGGUUUUUUAGCUGAUAUUUUUAUUCGAAAAAAAUUUUUAACAAUAACACAAACUAGAAAACUUUUCAAUGUACUUGGAACUAUUUUACCAGCAAUCGUUCUUAUCGGUUUAGCAUUUAUAACAUGCCAAUUGAAAUAUGUUGCUGUUAUACUUUUAACUGCUGGUGUAGCAUUUGGUGGAUUCUGCUUUGGUGGAGGAUUUGUAUUAGUUGCAAAUGAUAUUGCACCACGUUAUGCUGGAGUUGUGUUUGGUAUUUCCAAUACAUUUGCGACAAUACCUGGUAUUAUUAGUCCAUAUGUAGUUGGUGCACUUACAGAAAAAGAUCCGAACAAUUGGCGAAUUGUAUUUUUUAUUUGUUCAAUCAUUUAUGUUAUUGGAAUGAUUGUAUUUUUAUGUCUUGGGUCAAGUGAAUUACAACCAUGGGCAAUAGAACAUGUGGAUAAUAAUAAUUUAUUAUUAAGAAAAAACGAUAAAACAACAUUGAAAAUGACAAGUGAAACUUGA